AUGUCUUUCGAAAAAGAUUCAUUAUCACCACCACCACCACCACCUUAUUCUGAUCCUCCUGUAAGUUCUAUUCAUCCAUUAAUAAUCAAUGCUGAUGUAUCUUAUAUAAAUGAUUAUUUACCAUGGUCUAUUAUUAAUCUAUUUUGUGGUUGGGGUUUUUUUGGUAUUAUACCAUUGGUUUUCUCGAUUAUUUGCCGAAAUGAUAAAAGUAUUAAUAAUUUAAGUGGAGCUCAAACGAUGAGUAAAUUGGCAUUAGUAUUCAACUUGAUCGUUACUCUAGGAGGAGUUAUAGGAUGGGCUAUAUUUAUCCUUGUUAUCUCGAAUUAUAUAGCUAUUCUUAGUUUUUCUAAAUAA